AUGUCUCUCCCCGUUGCCUUUCAAUCGGCCGUCUUCUACUUUCUCGCUUGUACACCAUGUGCCAAAGUUCGCCACCGACAGAAAGCCAAAUCGCGGGCAAGAAAGGAGAGGGAAGAAAAGGCCAGGACGGAAAGCAAACAGCCCGGCCUGUACCGGCAUCCUUCGCCCUUCAACACCAACCCCUAUUGGCAGGAGGAAAUCAGCAUGGGCCCGAGCUUGCCCAAGAAGUCUGCGAGCAAAAAUUCGAGCCAGAGGGGACUGACAAGCUCGGGGCGAGAAAGCGUAGCCCCCAGCAUGUCCGAGCACACUUUUGGCGACGCCUUGACGGCGAUGCCGGAAGAUGCCUUGUCGGAUGACUGGAAUCGACGGCGCGGAUAUCAGCGCGAAGAUGAAGAGCUCUGGGGGCAGUGGUCGGGGCAAGGAGCUGGAUCAGGGCAAAAGCUAAUGGACGCGCUCUCCAAGGCUCGGGACUCUGCCGGGCGAUUGAUCGAGUCGACGCUGGGAAUAGAAAAAGAGGUGACGGAGCAAGAACGCCGGGAUUUUUAUCUGUCGCCCAAAAACCCUCCCGUCAACGACUACCACCCUCCCGUGGUUAGCAGCAAGCCUGCUCACAAGGACGCCCGAAAAUGGAUGCUGCAGCCUCCACCACCAGCCAAGGUCAUGGAGGGCAAGGUCCCGGUGUCUCGGGCUGUCAGCUCAGGAAGCAAGUCGAGCGGGCGGACCCUCGUCAGCGACGACAGCAACCUGGGCCGCAGGAUGCAGGAGAAGCUGGUCAAGGAGAGACUUCGCAAGGAGAGUAAUCCCACCGAAGUCGAACUUAUCGAAUCCCUCUUUGCCACACGGAGCAACCUGUCCAUACAGCACACUCGAAGUCGCAGCCUGUCCUUGAACGAUUCGGAUGAUUCCAUGGACACCAACCCGUUUGAGAGGCGGCGCAGCCGACGACGCAUUCCCGUCGCCGUUCCCGUUCCCGUUCCGCCCGGCAUCGAUUCCGACGAGGAUGACGAUGCAGUCCCGUCGCCCCCAAUAUCAAAGACCAUCAGCCAUGCGAGCAAUUCUUUGAGCCACGUCGCACAGCGACCGAAACUGGAAACCAUUCCCAGCACAGAUGGUAGCGGUAACACGCGCACCCUGUCGAAGAAGGUUGGCAAACGACAAAAGUCAAUCAGGAGCAGAAGCAGGAACAAUGCCUGGGUGGAUUCUCCGGUAGGAGACGAUACAGACUAA